AAACCAUCGUAUGAUUCGAGAUAUCAAUGCUUACGAAGCACUCGUGUGAGUGAGACGCUGAAAUUUUUCAUCUCCACGCGCGCGCACGCAUAAAUACCUACGACGACCAUGAGCGAACCUCAGUCGAAGAAAUCGAGGACCAUGAAUUCGUUGAGUCAGCUGAAGGACUUCACUACGGUGGUCGCCGAUACCGGCGACUUCAAAGCUAUGGAGCAAUUUAAACCUACGGAUGCAACAACAAAUCCUACAUUAAUUCUUGCUGCUGCUAAUCAGAAAAAAUAUGCUCAUUUAAUUGAGAAAGCCGCGGAAUGUGGCAAGAAGUCUGGGUCCACUUUGGCCGAACAAGUUGAAGCAGCCCUCGAUAUUACAUGUGUUCUGUUUGGCAAAGAAAUCUUAAAUAUAAUUCCUGGGAGAAUUUCCACAGAAGUGGACGCUAGAUUGUCUUUUAACAAGGAGGCUAGUAUCGAGAAGGCGAAAAGAUUAAUCGCUCUGUACGAAGGACUUGGAGUGAGCAAGGAACGUAUUCUGAUCAAGCUUGCAUCGACUUGGGAAGGCAUUCAAGCAGCGAAAGAAUUGGAAGAAAAAUACGGAAUUCACUGCAAUCUGACAUUGUUGUUUUCUUUUGCCCAGGCUGUUGCUUGCGCAGAAGCUGGAGUUACUCUUAUUUCGCCGUUUGUUGGUAGAAUCCUUGACUGGUACGUGGCAAAUGGAGAUAAAAAAUGUUACGAAGCUAAGGAGGAUCCAGGCGUUGUUUCUGUAACAAAAAUUUACAAUUAUUAUAAAAAGUUUGGUUAUAAAACGGUUGUAAUGGGUGCUUCGUUCAGAAACGUUGGUGAAAUUAAGGAACUUGCUGGUUGUGAUUUGCUUACUAUAAGUCCUAAGUUAUUGGAAGAAUUGGAGAAGAGCAAUGAGUCCAUACAUAAAAAACUGAGUGUGGAAUCAGCGAAGAAGUGUGAGCUUCAAAAGAUAAGCUUAGAUGAAGCUGAGUUUAGAUGGCUUUUAAAUGAAGACCAAAUGGCGACCGAUAAGUUGUGUGAAGGCAUUCGCAAAUUCGCCGCUGACGUGCGCAAGCUUGAGAAGUUAUUACAGGAAAAGAUUCAAGAUUAAGAUCGACAGGAUUAAAAUGAUACCAGAACUCGACGAUGCACAGUUACAUAAUAGUUUACAAGGGCAUAAUAUUGAAUGUACAAAUACAUUCCUAUUAUUUACAAUAUCUGUAAAAUAAUUAUUUUUAAUAAGUAACGUGUAUGAAAAAUGUGACAAAAAAAUAUAAGUUAAGGGAACAAA